GAUCUCCAACAGACGAAGGUCUCUUUGGCCCAGGACCAGAAGUCCCUGAGCGACGUGACCAUGGACUGCAAGCAGGAGGUCGCCGACUACCAGGAGGAGACCAAAAGCCGUGGGCUUGAGCAGGAAGCUCUGACGGCUGCCAAGGCGGCGCUGAUGGAAUCUUCCGGCCUCUCUUUCCUUCAGCUGGCUUCGAAGUCCACUAUCAAGAGCAGCCAGGACCUCAAGCACUUCGAGGUGGUCCGCAUGGUGCGCACGCUCGGCAGCUAG